AUGAACUUCGGCGGCGGCGGCGGCGGCGGCGAUGAUCACCACUACCUCCACAGUCUCUUCUCCGUUCACUACCGCGAUUUCAUGGCCGCCGAACCCCUAGACUCUGACCUCGAAUUCGCCUACGACCUCCAACUCCAGGAAGCCAUCAAGGCUUCCCUCUCCCUCGCUCCUUCCACUUCUUCCUCCCCACCACCUCUUCGCGGCGCCGCCGUUCUUUUCCCCGAGACUAUCGGCGCCACCCCCUCCGUCUCCGCACCCAAGCUACAGUUCGACGAACUCGCCAGACUAGAACAGGAGAUGAACGACCGGAGGCAAUCCGAAAUCGAGGCGAGGCGGAUGAGAGAGGCUCUCAAUCGCCGCGUCCAUGAUCAGGAGGUCGCGCAUGAGAUGCUCGGAAUUCCCGAAGAUGAUUGGCCUGAUUGGGGGGAUGAAUUCGACAGGCCGUUCGGCGAAGGGAGCUCGAAGACAACCGCUGCUGCAAGUAGUCUCCGCCGCGGUGGCGGCGUCUUCAGGCUGUAUUUCAAGGGCUUGGUCAGCGAAGAGCGGGUUAAUGGUCAGACUGUGCUAUUGGCUGGGAUUGGUGUGGCGAUAUGCGACCCGCUUGAGAAUCUGGUGUUCGAGGUCAGGAAGCCAUUGAUUGGUGAAAGGAGCAAGGGCGCUGCAGAAAUUAAGGCUCUUAUCGAAGGGCUGAACGCCGCUCUUGCGUUGGACCUUCAAAGAAUUGUGGUCUUCUAUGAUUACUACCCACUUUACCAGUUCGUUACUGGAAGAUGGCCUCCAAAGCAGCGUAAGGUAGCAAUGUCAGUGAAUCAGGUGUCCUGUUUGUACAGCCAAUUCGAGUCGUGCGAUUCAAGUCUGAUACCUCGUUAUGCCAUCAGACUUGCUUUUAAGCUUGCCCGGGAUGCCAUAGUUUCACAGAUCUCAGGAGGGCCCUCUGACUCUGUCCAUGGAAAGACUCUUCCUCACGAGACUUGUGAUAUCUGUUUCGAAGAUACUGAUGUUGACAAGAUGUUCUCAGUUGACCAAUGCAGUCAUAGGUUCUGUUUUUCAUGCAUGAAGCAGCAUGUAGAGGUGAAGUUGCUUCAUGGUAUGGUGCCUCAAUGUCCCAGUGAUGGCUGCAAGUCUGAGCUUAAGGUUGACAGCUGUCAGAAGUUUUUGACACCUAAACUCAUUGAAACAAUGCAGUUGAGAAUAAAGGAAGCUUCAAUUCCAGCUACUGAGAAAGUAUACUGUCCAUACCCGAAGUGCUCGGCACUAAUGUCAAAAAGCGAGGCAUAUGCUUUUGUUGGUUCUGAAAGAACCCCUGCUAGGAAAUGCUUGAAAUGCCAUGGCCUUUUCUGUAUAGACUGUAAGGUUCCUUGGCAUAGUGCUAUGAAUUGUGAUAUGUACAGAAGGGUUAACCCGAACCCUCCUGAAGAUGCGAAACUGAAGUUUCUUGCAUCGAGCAAUCUAUGGCGCCAGUGUAAGAAGUGCAGCCAUAUGAUUGAACUUGCGGAAGGUUGUUAUCACAUGACAUGCAGAUGUGGAAACGAAUUCUGCUAUAACUGUGGGGCUGAGUGGAAGGAUAAGAAAGCAACAUGCUCUUGCCCACUGUGGAUUGAAGAUAACAUUUUGUACAAUGAUGAACUGGGUUUCUCCGACGAAGAGGAGCCUGAAUUCGAUCACGACUGGGAUUCAGAUUUAGAUUAUUUCUUAUGA